CUUAUGCCGCUGAUUCUCGUCUCCGACAUUUGACGUUUCGCGCUCCUCUUACCGCACUUGGCAGCGGCACAUCACUACAGGAUGUUACAGCAAGCCCCCGGCAAAACCUAGAGCCUAUGGCACCAAUGGAGCCCGAGGCGCCCCGUUCCGGGGCUGUGCAGUGUCCGCCGGUGUCACUUCUGGCUGCCCACGGUGGCGGAAGGCGAGUGCCGAGGCCUGGUCUCUGCACGGCAGCAACAUUUCUACUGCGCGUGCGCCGGGGCAGGACCGCACCGUGCGUCGCCAUUCGCCAGCUUAAAGCCGCCACGCCCCAUGCUCCAUGGCCCUGCGGGUGGGUGGAGCCUGCCACUGGCUGGGCGGUGUGUCGGCCGUGCCCUGCCCAGGCGGGUCUAACUGCAGGCCCGAGGCCAAGUCCAGCAGUUCAGCUGCGGUCAUAAUAUUGUGUGAAGUUGUCAUAAGGAAAGGCGAGUUCUUUGUAGCCCUGCGGGGGUGGUAAGGGCUAGGCCUUCGAGGGAGCCCAAGUACUGUCCUCCGGAUUGUGCGGUACAUGCCGGCUUGGGCGCCGCAUCUCUACAGUGCUUCCCAUAAACAUACUGGACACAAACAACACAACAGUUCUUUUUGUUUAGACUGUGCAUCUACACGAAACAGUUCGCGGCCCACUCAGGACUGCCGACGACCCUAAAUGCGGGGCGGAUUCUCCAGAGCGCGACUUAGAAUGUAAAUUUUAAAUCAU